GAUGAGCUGAGAACCUUUCGCACGUGAGUGUAAACAAAAGUCGGGCGAGCGGACGCGAGUGCGCGUGUGAGUGAAAGCUCGCGUCGACCGCGAAGGAGGAUGGGCAGCCGGUGCCCUCCCCCGCCGACGCCGCGCUUUCGCGUCGCGGGCGCGAUCAUUUCCACGGGCGUUCGUUUCGCCUCGGCCACCAAAGUCGCGCGAUCUCCGCGCGAGCGUCGUCGUAGGCUUCGCACGGAUCGGCUCGGCGCUUUGCCACGCCAAACCGUCGGCUGGCUGCGACGACGACGAGGUGUUCUCGGCAAAAGUCGAAGGCUGCAGCAGCGAGCUACAAGGGGCGUAUCAGAGUGCGCUACCACAGCGCUCGCUCGCUAGUUAUAUUGUUCGUCUCGGGCCAUUAUUAUAUCGCGAAAGAAAAGCGGUCGCGCCAGAUAAGAUAGCGAGCAAGUGUGUGCGCUACACACGCGCGCAGACAGGCUGUGCAGCCGCGAGCGCCUCGUUAUCGCCGCACAGUUGCAUUAUAUCCUAACCACGUAUAUACCACCUGGGUCUGCCCUUAUCUCUUGGCUCUUAUCUCUUUCUCUCUUGAAGCUUGACCUCUGGCACCUGCGGGCCAAACCCAUUAAAUUUAAUCGGCCUGCGAGCGUCGAAAAAGAGGAGCACGCUGCUGUGCUGCAGAUUUGCAUAAUUCCAGAGAGAGAGAGAGAGAGAGAGAGAGAGAGACUGCAGUUGCGAGCCCACUGGACCGCGAGCGAGCGCUGAGCAGCGUGCGGAGCGAGAGAAACGAGGUGAGGCGAGACGAGGCGAGGCGCAUCGGCCUGCUCUCUUUAAACCGUUGGGCGUUCACCCCGAGACCUCAGCCGAUGUGUACGUGUAUGUGUGUGAGAGAGAAAGAGAAGGCUUCUCGUUUAUCCUGCGCGCGACCACCUCUCUGUCUCUGUCUGUCUGUCUCUCUCUCUCUCUCUCUCUCUCUCUCUCCACGUUGACGCAAAUCUCAUCUGCGACUGAUCUCUCGGGAGCCGCUUCCGGCCUCCGGCAUCCCAAUAAGUUCGAUAAGCGGUUUUGUUUGCCACGGACGCUAAGGAUGUCAUACCGCUCGAGACGACGCGGCAUCGACUUCUCUCUUUCUCGUUGCGCUCCCCAGUUUUCCUUGAAUCGACACGAGCGGCCGUUUCAAGUAGAAAAUAGAGUGGAUUGAGUUUGACGUGGGCCCAAGAGGAUCUUGAAUUUUUAACUCGCUGUCGUUUCAACGUUCACACGACUGACGUUCCGAAUAGAGAUUUGCGGUUUCCUCGUUGGUUCAUCCAUUUUUCGACGGCAACGAUUCGCGUGUUCCAUGUGAUCUGUAAGUGUCAUAGUCGCCAUUGCACGAUAGAACACGAAGAACUUUGUGUGCCUUAUCAAACGCAGCUUAUCGCGUUAAGAUCGGCAAUAACAGAAAACAAGGCUGCAGCUACUUUUUAAUUACUCAGCGGCGCGUUACUCUCAAACAGCGCAUAAAUCAAGAGCCGAGAGAAUCCGAUCUCGAGAGCGCGCGCCGAAAAACGCACUGUAGUAAGGGUAUAAAAAAGGAAAAGGAAGCCGAGAGGAGAGAGAGAGAGAGUCCACUUAAAUCGGCGUAACCUCUUAGCCCCGCGUGUGGCUUAGCUGCUGCUGCUGCUGCUGCACCUGCGCCUGCCGCAGAUGCAGACUCGAGAUAAAAGGGAAUAUAAUAGCAGCAGCGCUACCUCGAGGUUCUUCGCCUUCGUCGUAUGAAAGAUUGACGAAAGGAAAGAAAGGAAUUCGUAUCGAUAGGCUACAAGAACGACAUCGCCGCGCGCAAGGUCGCCGUUCGUCAAUUGGCGCGCGCGCUUUUUGUCAUAUUUCGGUCUAACGGUCGAUCGCGUAUUCGCAAAGUGGAAGCGCGGCUUAACGAUGGGCCGGUAAGCAAAGCAAAAAGAAAAAAAGAAAAAAAACUAGCAAAAAUCCACACGCACGCACUCAAACAAACACGCGCACGCGCACCGCGCCGUUUCAGCAAUUAAAUCGCCGACAUUGUUUUUACGCGCGCCCGCUAAGCGAACGCGUACAUAUUCAACGAGCGAUGCUCUGAUUUCUAUUCGCCGGGAUUUUUGCAGUUUCUAAUCGCCAGGAAGUGCCGGCAGACUGCGAGAGCACGAGAGAGAGAUGCUUUUUUUACUCGCGGCUUUUAAAACGCGCGCCUUGGAAUUCUCGAUGUUUAUGCGCCGAUGCUGCCGAGGCGCUCGUACAGUUUUUCGACUGCGCUCGUAAAGUGCUGCUUGUAAAAGUAACCGCCGAGCGCAAAAUACGCGAACGGCGAAUUUGUCAAGGUAUAUCGUCGAAUCCACCUCGUUGCUCCCGCGAGUUCGCGUGCCGUUAGAUUUUCAAUUUGCACUGCUCGCGGAAGCCCUAUCGUCGAUCUGCGAACUCUGCCGACAACAUUAUCCAUAAACGCGCGUUCUAAACCACUUCAUCAUCCGCGUCACGAACGUUAUAAAAUAAUCGCAUGCAACGAUCGCCGGUACGUAAUCGUUGCCGAAAAAAAAAAAAAAAAAUGAACAGAAAAGACCAACAAACUCGAAACCGUUCAACGAUCGUCGGCAUCAUACUCGAGCUUAACAAGCUGGAACGCAAAAAAUAAAAGGAAAAAGGGCGAAAUAAAAAGUGAUAAUGAAAAAAAUAAGAAUGCAAAAGGAAAAAAAUGGAGUUCCGUUAACGGAGCUGUGCAUCGAUGUAUUUUCGAUGGCCGUUUGGCUUGGCCGUGCCUCUCCGCGCCGAGAGAUAUACUUGGCGCGGCGUGUGGGUGCUGUUGCCGCGCUGGCGGUCUUCCAGCAAAGCGCGCGGAGGAGUUUCUCUGACCAUCGUCGCGGCAAGCAGCCUCUGACCUCACCCGAAAUAACCUCUCGAUCGUCGCUCGCUAUUUCCGUUGCCUCGCUAGCGCGCGGAACGUCUUUAUCGUCGCGCACACCCACACGCGCGCGCACGCGCGCGCUCUCGAUAGAAAAGGCACGAGCGGUUUUGUUUUGAAAUUCCACGCUCCGACCGAGAUAUUACAACUCCUCCCCGUCGUAUAUAUUAAUCGCGAGAGAGGCCUCUCUCGGAAAUUACGAGCCGAUUUCCGGCCACUUGUUCUUCUUCUUCUUCUCCUUCUUCCAUUAACAUGCAAAUUCGAUCUCUCGAAAGGGUCACGAUCGCUCUCCGCACUCUCUCUCUCUCUCGCGCGCGCGCGUCCUAUAAUACGCCUCUGCCGUUUAAUUGGCUUGGCUGCCGCGCAGCCAAGCGAGCUCGUUUUUCAUACGGAGCUUUUCCACUCCACCCCUGUAUAUGUGUUGAAUUCGGUGGCAAUUACGGUAGCAAAACCGGUACCCACACGUACACACACGGAGUGCAAGAGAGAGAUAGCAUCUUCGAUGGAAAAUCGAGUAUGGCCGUUGCCGUUGCCGCUGUUUCGUAUUAAUAUCGCACGCCGAGCUGCUGCCGCCGCCGCUGCUGCCGCGGCUGCCGCGGCUGCCGCUUCUUGCGCAAAGCACGAAAUAUUCUAAUUCUGUCGAGUUGUCCUUUUGCGCGCUGCCGCCUGAGUUCUCAAACACAGAGGGAGAGCGAGAGAGAGAGAGUGAAAUGUUACGGAUCGUGUCUCUUUCUCUCGACGAUGUUUUGCAAGUUCGAAUGCAUUAUGCCGCGUGCGUGUUGAACGUUGCUGGCCGAUCGAUCAUGCACCGCGCGCGCGCGCGCGCGUCGUCCGCUGGCGCAACCGCAUAAUGCUUCCACCGCUAUUUACCGACUUCUCGCGUCGCGAUGACUUUUAUUAAACGUGUUGCAAUUCGACGCAUCGCAACGGAGGAGCAAGCGGCUCGAGCUUACGUCGACGAUUGGACGUUGCACAGUUCGUCGAUCAACCUGGCGGACGAUCCGGAGCGGCGUGGAGCAGCGAGCCCGGAGGCGAGUCAGCGAGGCGGCGGCUGCGGCAGUCGGCUCGACUCCAUCAUCGACCACCUGCGAUCUGCCUUCGAGAGCAGGCUCCGCGACAAUGAAUCCCCGGAGAACGGCGAAGAUAAGCAGCAGCAGCAGCAGCAGCAGUCGGCAAUCUGCCCCCACCAACAGCAGCAGCAGCAGCAACAGCAGCAGCAGCAGCACGCGGCAGCGGCAGCGGCAGCGGCAGCGGCAGCGGCAACGGCAGCAGCAGCGGCAGCAGCAGCAGCAGCGGCAGCAGCAGCAGCAGCAGCGUAG